AAAUUAAUGAUGACUGGGGCCAGAGGGUCGUCAAAAACAAAAAUGCAUCUCGGGUGGUGGCCUCUGCCCAAAUAGCUGUCCAAAAACUUUCUGCCUUGGGCUAUAUGCCCAUAUUAUUUAUCAGCCAGAGGCACAAGGGCACAGGCAAGUUGAUGGCAGAUGUAGUCACGCAUCUGCCACCGACGCAAAACAACACACGUUUCUUAACCAGCAUGAAGAGGGCAUAUGACUUCAUAAUCAAACUGGAUGAUGUGCCCCAGCCCCAGCCCCAGCAAGACCAGCCCCUCCACCUAGACCAACCCCUACCCCAAGACCAGCCCCUGCCCCUAGACCAGCUAAUCCCACAAGACCAGCCCCCAGACCAGCCUCUGCCCCUAGACCAGCCCCAGAAAGACCAGCUCCUGCCCCUAGACCAGCUAAUCCCACAAAACCAGCCCGUAGACCAGCCCCAGCAAAACCAGCCCCUGCCCCUAGACCAGCCCCAGCAAGACCAGCCCCUGCCCCUAGACCAGCUAAUCCCACAAGACCAGCCCCUAGACCAGCCCCAGAAAGACCAGCCCCUAGACCAGCCCCAGCAAGACCAGCCCCUGCCCCUAGACCAGCUAAUCCCACAAGAUCAGCCCCUAGACCAGCCCCAGAAAGACCAGCCCCUGCCCCUAGACCAGCUAAUCCCACAAGACCAGCCCCAGAAAGACCAGCCCCUGCCCCUAGACCAGCUAAUCCCACAAGACCAGCCUACCCCAACAGACCAGCAAAUUAUUACACUUGAACUAUUUACGAUCGACUCUCAGGCUCAGCAGCAUGUGGAGCCUCUACCACCCAGGAAAAGACAAACCCCACUAUCCACCCCGCGCCUACCAUCCACCCCAGGCCAAGGCAAACGAGCCCCACCAUCCAUCCAACCUGAACUAAAGAAAAGACAAACCACAGGUAAAGGAGCCACACAAGCCCCACCCUCUACCCUGGCCAAAAAGAAGAAAACAAAAAGUUGCAAAUGCAGUCGACAGACAAUUUAUCCAUACGAUAAAAUAUUGGAAAGACGGAUGAAUGGGGGGAAGGCAGCAGAGGUCAAAGUGCACUGGCUACCUUGCUCUUCCUGGUAAGUGAUGGC